CAGCUUGUGAUCGAUGACUCGGCGCGCAACGGCUCCGCCUGGGAGUAAGAGGCGCUCAGUGCGCAGGUGCCAAGACUGCCGCCGGCUGCGGGGUGUCGCGGCUCUGGCAGCCGUGGGGGUUCUCCUGCGGCGGCUGUGCCGAGUCCUUCCAGACGUGCUCGGGGAAAGUUAACGCCGAGAGAGGGGCUGCAGAAUACGGGACUCGCCAUUCCGCAAGCCCCAGUGCCUGGUUCUUUAUUCAUUUCCUCCGCGGCGCUCAGCGCCAGCCGUAGGCAUCUGCUCUGGAAGCCUUAGUUGAACCCAGGCUCCCUUAGUUUCCUCUUGUUACAGCAAAGUAUGAAACAGCUUGUAGUCCCUGAUCUGUGUCGCUGAGUAUAGUAGUAAUCUGUUACAUAGCAAUCACCCCAAAGUUUGGCAGCUUGAAACAACAAAGGUGAAGUGUCCCCCAGGUUCCGGGCGUCAGGGAUUGGGGCAUGGCGUUGCUGGGUGGUUCUGUCUUGGUCUCUCCUGAGAUUCCAGUCAAGAUGUAGGCCAGGGCUGCAGCAGGCCGGACAGCCUGCUUGCUGGAUAGCUCACUCACCUGAGUGUUGGCGGGAGGCCUGUUUCUCACAGCACGGACCUCCCUACAGGGUGAGUUGAGUGUCCCCAUGACUUGGCAUCUGGCUUCUCUCACAACACGUGGUCCCCAAGAGAGCAAAGCAGAAGCCACAGUGUCUUUUGUGAUCAAGCCUCAGAAGUCACAUACCAUCACUACUGUCACUGCAGACAACCCUUCAGUGUGGAAGGAUCAACACAGAGGUAGGAAUUCCAACAGACAGGGAGCGCUGGGAGCCACCCGGGAGGCCGGCUACCAUGGAGAGUCUGACAAUGAUGGUAACGAUUAUCACUUAGAUGAGAGAGAGCGAAUCGUCAAAUAUCCUUGUUUGAGAGCCACUGUCCAAAUCCUUAUGAAAAAGCCCAAUGGAGUUUCCUCCCAGUAGGUGGCAGUACUGGUCCACUUCCUGAUCUUCCUUAGAUAUAACCAUCGGCAUGGAAGAAGUCAUCCAAAUACAGGGGUUUAGAAGGGUCCUGGAAGAGAACCAGAACAUCCACAAGGCACCACCAAGAUUUAAGAUUUAACAUGAAUUUAAAUUUGGUUUGAACUGCAAAUAAGAAAAUGUAACUCCCUUUUAGACAACUGAUAAUAAGUGAGUGACUCUGGAUGGCAGAGACCCACAAACGGAGCAAACUGCCCAGCGUCCCAGGUGGGGCGGGCAGGACAGGUCCAGCACCGCAGGACAGAGUCGAGUUCACUUUCUCCAGGCCACCUUUCCUGAGAACUCCCCUCAAAUCCCAUACCAGACGCCCCAGGAUAGACAACAGUGAUUCAGGUUUCCACCAAGACUUUCCACCAAGACUUUCAGGUUUUCCAGGACAAAAGGGAAAAUUAGUAACUGCUUCAGGAAAAAUACUGCUGUUUUAACGUUCAGCUUCUCUGGGAGUCUAGCAGAUCCUAUGCAUCUGGUUAAUGGAUGGGAGAGGCCAAGGGGGCUGAGAGGAGGGGGAUCCUACUGACAGCGGUGGGGGAGGGUGGGCCAGCAGGGGAGGAAGUUAGGGCCAAGCCGCUGCUCUGGGCAGGAGAGAUGGGGGGGCAGGGUGCGAAACUGGUACUGCCACCCAGGGAAGAUUCUGAGGAAAGGACAGAAAUAUUUGGGGUACUUUGUCAAUUUUGUCCACGUGAUCUGUGAUGUCAUUCCUCUGCUUCCAUGUCUCGUUGUGUAUUCUUUUCCCUCGUACACUAAAAACACUAAAACAAUGACAAUCGAGUGUUUCUCCGUCAAGCACCUAAAAUCAUCGCGCAGCCCUCAGUAGCCCUUCCACCAUGAGACACCGCCCCAUGUGCACCUGCCAACUUCUGGGCUUUCUUUUCGCCGCCAGCAUGGUGAUUUAUUUAUUUUUCUUUUUAAUAGAAUCUUUUUAUUGUGUUACGUUAGUCACCAUACAGUACAUCAUUAAUUUUUGAUGCAGUGUUCCAAGAUUCAUUGUUUACGCACCACACCCAGUGCUCCAUGCAAUAUGUACCGCCCUUAACACCCACCACCGGGCUCACCCACCCCCCACCCUCCUCCCCUCCAAAUCCCCCAGUUUGUUUCCCAGAUUCCCAGAAUCCACAGUCUCUCAUGGUUCACCUCCCACUCCGAUUCCCUUCCCUUCGCUUCUCCUUUCCUUCUCCUAAUGUCCUCUAUGUUAUUCCUUGUGCUCCUUAAGUCUUUACUUAUUUACUUAUAUAAGUACUAUACUUAUAUAAGUAUACAGAUACUGAAUAAGUAUAUAAAUACUAAAUAAAUAUAUAAAUACUAAAUAAGUAUUUACUCAUUCCUUAAGUAAGUGAAACCGUAUGAUAAUUUACUUUCUCUGCUUGACUUAUUUCCCUCAGCAUAAUCUCCUCCAGCCCCUGUCCACGGUGAUACAAAAGUUGGGUGUUCAUCCUUUCUGAUGGCUGAGUAAUAUUCCAUUGCAUCUUUGGACCACAUGAUGAUUUAGAAAUUCACAUUUCCAGCCAAGGUUUCCCCAGAACUCCAGCUCCCCACCAGACCCUGCUGUUCAGAUGCCGAAUGCCUGUAUGUCUCUCCUUCAUACAGUACGGGGGUCUGUACCCUUAUUCCCUUCAGAGCUCGGGUCUCCGCUCCAGUAUGCCGCCUCAGAGAAGCCUCCCUGGGCCAUCCCACAAAGGGAGCAUGCCUCCCCCAGUGACAGCACCCUGUCCAUUACAAGACCACACACCAGCACUGCCCCUUGUUUCCUUCAUAGCGUAUGACGCGAUCUCUACCUUUUUAUUCAUUUUGCUGUUUGCUUGUUUGUUUCCAGCCUCAUCUAAUCAACUCCACAUGGACAGGGAAUCUGUCUUUUUUUACUGAAGAGGUCCUUGCCCAAUAUUUGUGGACUGAAUGAGGGGAAUCUGUAAUGACUGACACUAAAUGAUUCAAUGAGGAAAGUGUCUUCAGGCUUGUGUCACCAUUGAUAAGGCCACAUACCAAUGAAUAAAAUUUUACAGCAUUUUUCAGUUUUAAGAGCUAUGGUCUGAAUGUUUGCAUCCCUCCAAAAUUCACAUGUUGAAAUCCUAAUCCCAAAAGUGAUGGUAUCUGCGGGCGGGCCUUUACGAGGUGCUCAAGUCACGAAGGUGGAAUCCUCAUGAAUGGGACGGAUGCCGAAGAAAAGAGGCUCCAGAGAGAUCCCUGGCUCCUGCCACUGUGUGAGGACACAGCCAGAAGGCGCUGGCUGUGAACCAGGAAGAUGUGAUCAUGCAGGCUCCUUAAUCUUGGACUUGCAGUCUCCAGAACUAGAGAGAAAGAGUACAACCAGGCAAAGUGGCAGGCAGAGGCAAAGAGAGAAGCAGACUCCCCACUGAGCAAGGAACCCGAUGCGGGACUCGAUCCCAGGACCCCGGGAUCAUGACCUGAGCCGAAGGCAGUGGCUUAACCGACUGAGCCACCCAGGCGUCCCAAGCUGAGUUCAAGGCUCAAGUGGAGAACACAUAGCUUCAGAGGCAGAAGGAGUCGAAGGUGCUCCCAGCUUUGAACACCUCCCCUACUUGAGAUGCAUACAAAGGCAGUCCAACUCCUCUGGGGAUGUUUCUUCCUGUGGAAUCUCUACAUCUCAUCUGCCCAGACCGUUUACCCUGGAAUCAAGGCCAGGGUUACUCAGCAGGCUCUGGACUAUGGCGUUCUAGCUGGGAUGGAGAUGAUUGAGCAAAUGGUUAAGGAAAAAAAGAUCCCAGACCUAGAAGGCUCUGAAUCUCUGGAAUUUUUGAAGGUUGAUUAUGUGAACUACAAUUUUUCAAACAUAAAAAUCCAUGCCUUCUCAUUUCCAAAUACUUCAUUAGCCUUUGUGCCUGGGGUGGGAAUCAAGACCCUGACCAACCACGGUACCGCCAACAUCAGCACCGACUGGGAAGUCAAGUCUCCGCUCUUCCAAGACACAGGAGGAGCUGAUCUGUUUCUCUCUGGCGUCUUCUUCACUGGUGUCAUUGUCCUGGCCCGCAACGACUUUGGUCACCCAAUCAUGAAGCUCCAAGACUGUUACGCCCAAGUGAGCCACGCCCACGUGUCAUUUUCCGGAGACCUCAGUGUCCUGUACAACUCCUUUGCUGAACCCAUGGAGAAACCCAUUUUAAAGAACUUAAAUGAAAUGCUCUGUCCCAUUAUCAUGAGUGAGGUGGGAGCCCUGAACGCCAACCUCAGCAUGCUAGAGGUUUUAACCAAGAUUGACAACUAUACUCUCCUGGACUACUCCCUAAUCAGUUCUCCGGAGAUAACUGAGAAUUACAUGGAGCUGAAUUUGAAGGGCGUAUUCUACCCCCUGGACAACCUCAGCGACCCCCCCUUCUCACCAGUUCCUUUUGCGCUGCCAGAACACCACGACUCUAUGCUCUAUAUUGGAAUCUCCGAGUUUUUCUUCAAGUCUGCCUCCUUUGCUUACUUUACAGCUGGGGCCUUCAAUGUCACUCUCUCCAUGAAAGAGAUUUCCAACCAUUUGGUUCAAAACUCUCAAGGCCUUGGCAAUGUGCUCUCCCGGAUCGCGGAGAUCUACCUCCUGUCCCAGCCCUUCAUGGUGCGGGUCAUGGCAACGGAGCCUCCUGCAAUCAGUCUGCAGCCGGGUAACUUCACCCUGGACAUCCCUGCCUCCAUCGUGCUCCUCGCCCAGACCGAGAACUCAACCGCGGAAGCCAUCGUGUCCAUGGACUUUGUUGCUAGCACCAGUGUUGGCCUGGUUAUUUUGGGACAAAGACUGGUCUGCUCAUUAUCUCUGAACAGAUUCCGGCUCUCUUUGCCAGAGUCCAAUCGCAGCAAUAUUGAGGUCUUGAGGUUUGAGAACAUUCUGUCCUCUAUUCUCCACUUUGGAAUCCUCCCACUGGCCAACGCAAAAUUGCAGCAAGGAAUUCCCCUGCCCAACCUACACAAAAUCUCACUUGUCAAUUCUGAUAUUGAAGUUCUUGCGGGAUUCCUUUUGAUCUCCACUGACCUCAAGUAUGAAACGUCCUUAAAGCAGCAGCCAAGUUUCCAUGGUUGGGAAGGUCUGAACCUCAUAAGUGGACAGUGGAGGGGGAAGCCCGCUGCUUGAUUGCCUGUUUGGAGCCCACCCCAGGCAGCCAGUGGCCCUUAAUCCACAGCUACUGUAAGCCCAGAAGGGGAGAACAGUGCAGGCUGGAUUGUAAAGCCCUGGGAAGUGCUUAGGCUGACAGUUUUCCUUCUCAAGCCCUCAGGGACAGAGGGAGGCAAACUGAGUUAAAGAGCCAAAUCAGGGGUGUGUGUGUGUGUGUGUGUGUGUGUGUGUGUGUAGGGGUAGGCGUUUCAGUGUUUCAUGUUCGAAUGCACAUUGUGUGUUUCUGGGUUUAUAAAAUGCUGGGGACUGGAGCUAACCAUGUGCCCUGGAGGAGGCGCAUGAGAAAGCCCAAAUUACAGAUUUGCCCGAGUUCUUCCUGGAGGAGCUCCCUUUAGCUCUCUCAGCAACCCAGGGUUUCCCCCACUUCCCUCCAUAUUGGAUUAUAUGUUUUAUAUUUACUGCUACUGUCCCUUGUAUUUAAUUAAACUCGUUUUCUAUUAAUGUGA